GAUAUUCUGCCACAUCACCCUGUAAGUCCACACUAUAUAAGAGGGCAUGUGUGAAGACAUUAUGAGAGCAGUUUAGACUACACACCACCAUGAAGACUUCAAUUGCUUUACUUCUUGCAGUGUUCGCCGUGAGCGCAGUAUCCGGCAUUGCCAAAAAGGGAUACGGUGGGGGAUAUGGUGGAGGAUAUGGUGGAGGAGGCGGCGGCUACGGUGGAUACGGUGGAGGAGGCGGCGGCUACGGUGGAUAUGGCGGAGGCUACGGUGGUGGAUACGGGGGCGGAUAUGGCGGAGGUGAUGGUGGAGGCUACGGUGGUGGUAGUUUUUACGGGGGCGGAGGUCUUGGUGGCGGAGAUUAUGGAGGGAAGAAGGGAUGCCAUGGAAAACACUGCGCUUUUGGCGGAGGCAGUGGUGGAUUCCUAGGCGGUUACGGUGGUGGAUAUGGCGGUGGAUACGGAGGAGGUGGAUAUGGAGGAGGUGGAUACGGUGGAGGUGGAUACGGUGGCGGUGGAUACGGAGGAGGAUACGGUGGAGGUGAAUACGGAGGUGGUGGUCUAGGUGGAUAUGGAGGAGGUGGAUACGGAGGUGGUUACGGUGGUGGUUACGGUGGUGGUUACGGUGGUGGAGGUUAUGGAGGAAAGAAGAAAUGCACUGGAAAACACUGCGGAGGAUACGGUGGAGGUGGAUACGGUGGAGGUGGAUACGGUGGAGGUGGAUACGGAGGCGGUGGAUACGGAGGAGGAGGAUACGGAGGAGGUGGAUACGGAGGUGGUUACGGAGGUGGUCUUGGUGGAUACGGAGGCGGAAGUUACGGUUUAGGGGGCGGUGGUGGUUUGGGCGGUGGCGGUGGUGGUUUUGGCGGUGUCGGCGGUUUCGGCGGAAGUUUUGGACAUACUCGACAAUGCAAAUGUGCGAAGAGAUGCAACAAAUGGCAAAAGUUUGUUGGCAGAUGCCCCUGGUGUCAGAAGAAAUGCAAACUAGUGUUUUGUUGUAACCGAGGAAAAUACUAGAUCCAUGCUACAAGGGUAGGCAUGUCGGCUGGACAAAAAGCGAGAUGGAAUUCUACAUCGACAUCGAGACUGAAGUAAAGAUCUGAUUUUUAUUUCACAAUAGUGUAUAUAACUGACUCUUUCUAAUUAUAUUCUUAGCAUUCA